AUGACUCAUCCUCCUUUCAAACCACUUUUCUACGAGACCUCCAAAUGUGUGGCGCUUUAUUUGAAGCCUAUUAUUAGGAUUCAACUCUAUCUCCGUUGCCCCGCUUUUCAAACCAUUCAUAGAGCACAGAAUUUUCGAGUUGCCGACCUCAAAAUACGACCUGAAGACUUUGAAAUUGAUGGGACACUCUUUCAAUUUGGCAUCCUUCGUCAUUACCUAUUCGGGAAUGUUCCGGAAUCCACGAAAUUGAAAAAUGCAGCAGGUGGAGAUCGGCAUGACAUUGAUAGGUAUGGUCUACAGAUUCAAUCGGCUCAAGAUCAAUUUGGACAACAAGUUCCAACUGAUGCUCAAUACAUAGAACAAUUGGAGCAACAAGCGUUUCGGAUGGAGAGGAAUGGACCGAUAGCACCACCACGUCGCGAAUUAACAGAAGAUGAUGUUAAAUCGCAUAGACUGGAAAUUGAGAGAAAACGCUUAAAAGUUCGUUCCUAUGAGUUCAGAAUCAGAAAUCAGAAGCCACCAUUUCAACAUUUUGUUGAGUUAGCUAUAAGUUCUGGAGAAGAGAAGAAGUGCGAGUAUGUAUCUUAUGAAAAGACUCUCCAAGAGAUCAAGGACUAUGUCCUACAAAAGAUAUUCCGAAUCGACGCCAAAGUUCUUAUGGGAAACUUGCAAAUCGGCAGGGAUCACUUCAUUCGGCAUUUAGCAUUGUUUCUUCAAAAUCCACCACACAUGUUCGUGGCAUUUCCUCCUCGAGAUUUGGUGCCGCCAGUAUUCCAUACGCAGCCACGAGUAGCUGAUGUGGUGCCUCUGCUAAAACUUCGAGCUGAAUCUGUAGAAGUACAUCGAUUGAUUGUGACAGGAAACCUUGAAAAUGCUCUGGCUAGUCUGAAACCAUUCCGUUGUGAGACUCCAUUAAAAGAAUUGAAUGUUUCCGCGCAACCGUAUCCGGAUGAUCCAGUUGUAAGAACCGCUCAAUUUCUCAACAUCGUUGGUGCCUCACAAGUGGCCGAAAUCCAACAUCUCCAGAACUCUCGAAUUCAUUUUGAUCAGUUGGUGGGUAAUGAGCAGGAGUUUCACGCUCUUGUGAGAAAAAUGGAAGAGGCCGAAACCAUGAGAUACUAUUCAAUUGGAUUCCGCGAAUUGAAGGAUGCGAAGAAGUUGAUAAAACGGUUCAGAAGUCUCCCGGGAGCAGUGAGAGAAGAUUUUGCGGAGAUCCGAUCUACCAACCUGCCGAAACACAUUGUAAUCCCACUUAACAAUCAGAAAGAACUAAAGAUCUACGUGGAAGAGACAGGCAUGGAGGACACAAAAUAUUGUGACAAGCCGUUGAUUGUCAAGAUUAAAGUUUAA